GUUCAGUCAAAUCACAGUAUUUCUAUUGUGCACCUCCUAGAACAGAGCUUGAGACCAACACAGGAUAACAAGAGCUGAGGAAGCUGACAAACUUGACGGACUUCAUUUUCAGGAAGUGCAACUUUAAGCAUGGACGAGGACUAUGGAUGGGUCGACCUUUAUCGAGCCGAGGAGGACAUGCAGUCGGGACCCUCAUUGGACGGAGGUGAUAACCAGCAGAGUGGAGGUGCUGACAGUGGUCAGCAAGGGGCACAGCUGAGAAACUUCUUGGCGCACCUCGGUUUGACUCAUCUCUACGAAGAUAAACUGUCCCUGAAAACAGUACUUCAGAUUGACAAGAUGAACGUCAGUGAAGAGCCUCCCAAAAGUAUUACCGACCUGCCUUGGUACUUUCUCAAAAAACUGAUGAGUGUCAAUGUGACAGCUCGAAAUGCAAAGUGCAAAGGGUCUCCCCAUGAAGCUGCACCAGAGUCUGCAGAGUUGGAUCUCAGCCAUCUUCUGGAUGAUCUUAAUUUAGAUAAUCAGCCAAACCCGCUAGACAUAGUCACGGCUCUCUUUUUCUGCUCAGAUCAUUUUGUGCGGCAGGAAAUGGCACUGAAAAUGUCCUUGUGUCAGUUUGCUGUGCCCCUUCUGCUCCCUAGUGUUGACUCCAAGCAGUGCACACUUCUGCUCUGGGCCAUGAGGGACAUCGUCAUCAAGUACAGGCCGCAGUCGCUCUCUGAAUCUAAGGGCUUCAUUGAAGAGCGAACUGUUCUUUCUCAACUUCCUCUUCUGGCUUUCGUGAGACUCGGAGAUUGCUCGAUAUCAAAGUCAGAGGUCCUUAACAAGAUACUUAGUAAUUCCCAACAAUAUCAUGACAUUUUUGUUCACCACAACAUGGAGUGCGGAAACAGUCCAAGAAAGAUUUCAAGUGGAAUGGUGGAAAUGAUUUGGUAUCUGCCUUGUGGAAGCAAAAACAUGGACCAUUUCAAAGUACCUGUGUCAGUCGCAAACCUCCGUGGAGAUGUGGAGUCAUUUGACACACAAUACUCAUUUUUGUGUCAGAUAUCUACAGCUCUUUUUGUCUUCUGCGAUGAUCUAGUUUUGGCAUGUCGGAUGCUCACAAAACAGCACCACAGGGCUCAGAUUUUCUUGGUUAGUAACAGCCAAAGCAGGAGCUUCAAUGUUGCGGCUCUGAAACAGGUGGCCAGCAAGUUAGAGCUGAAGAACAAUAACAUCAUUCUGAGGAAGCAGCAGAAAAAUGAGGCAGAUUUUGUCAAGCGUUUGAGAGACAAAAUCAACGAUCUGGUGGAUGAUCCAAAUGUUGGGGAGAUGAGUAUUGAGGGAAUGGCUGGAGUUGCUCAUGACCUGGGGAUUUUGGUUGAUGAGGACUUGCCUGAGUGUCAAAGGGCAAAGAAAAAUGCUGAUGCCAUCACGGCAGAAAUAAAAGACCCCCUCACAUACAAAGAAACCCAUCUACCCAGGCAGGGAGAAAUCUGGAAGAAGCUGACCGAAGUGGAAAAAGAGCAAUUUCGCUUGCGAAAGGCCGGAAAUCUGAAUAUAGAAAUGUACAAAAGUGAUCUUGAGAUACGGAAGAAAGACCUUCGGAACCAGCAGCAGUCCUAUGAAAUGUCAUCUUCCAUGGCAGCAUUCAUCCAUGCAAUAUCAACUCCAGGAAUGGAGAGGAGCUUUUUCCUAAAAUGGAUGAGAAUGAAUCUUGACAACUUGUCAAGAGAAACAAUGUCAAAACUUCGUGAGCAGUACAAGGUUAAAUGUGACAGUUCAAAGGACAAACAGGAAAUCCAGAAAAUUGACAGACAGCUUUCCAGCAGCUCUCUGGGGAUAGAGCACUUCCUCCGUGAGAUGGGUCAGAUCUAUGAGGCUUCACUGUCCACUGGAGACUCAAACAGGUUCCAUCAACAGUUACAGCAUCUUCCAACACUGUGUGCACAGUUGUUGCUGGACGGGUUUCCACUCGAGCUUGUUGAUGGGGAUGCGUCCAACACCCCCCUCACAUGGAUGAGGAGCGUCCUACAGCAGCUCCAUGCUUUGAUCAACCCUGAGGUCAAGAUCAAGGUCAUCACAGUCCUUGGAGUCCAGAGUACAGGCAAGUCCACUCUCCUCAACACCAUGUUUGGGGUCAGCAGUGGGCGUUGUACUCGUGGUGCCUUCAUGUUGCUCAUUAAAGUUGGAGAUGACAUCAAAAACAUACUCAACUGUGACUACGUGGUGAUCAUUGACACCGAGGGCUUGAAGUCACCUCAGCUCGCCCAUCUUGAUGGUAGCUAUGACCACGAUAAUGAACUGGCAACGUUGGUUGUCGGUUUAAGCGACAUCACCAUCAUAAACAUAUCGAUGGAACACAUGCAAGAAAUGGAGGACGUCCUGCAGAUUGUGGUGCACGCCUUCCUUCGGAUGAAGGAAGUGGGGAAAAAGCCCAAGUGUCUGUUCGUCCACCAGAAUGUGUCGGAUGUUUCUGCUCAUGACACCAACAUGCGAGACAGAAAAGUGCUGCUGCAGAAACUGAACAGGAUGACACAGGAAGCAGCCAAAAUGGAGAAAAGGGAGGAGAACAAGCUCUUCACUGAUGUGAUGGAGUACAACCCAGACACUGGGAACUGGUACAUUCCUGGACUCUGGAAUGGAACCCCUCCGAUGGCCCCGGUCAAUUUAGGCUACAGUGAAGCUGUUCACGAUCUGAAAAUCAAAACCAUACAAAAGCUCAGAGACUGCAACUCCUCUGACAAUAACAUCCUGACCUUCACAGAAUGGCUGAGCAGCCUUUGGAGUGCGGUGAAGCUCGAGAACUUCAUCUUCAGUUUCAGAAACAGUUUGGUGGCCGAUGCAUACAUCAAGCUGUGUACCGAGUUCAACAAAUGGGAAUGGGAAUUCAAGAAAGCCAUAUACACCUGGUCGUCCAAGGCUGAGACCAGAAUCUCCAAUUUUGUUGCUGGGAGCCCUGAAAUAGCUGACCUGGAAACACUCAUCCAUAGUCUGAAAGUGGAAGCGGCACAAGAAUUGUCUCGCUGGGAGAAAAAGCUUCUGGACAACCUCAAACAGUACUUUGAUGAGGCUGAUAGUUCAGCCCACCUCAUUGAAAGAUACAGAGAGCAGUUUGCAAACAGUGCAAAGAGUCUGAGACGAGAAAUCGAAAGCUCUGUUCACAUCCAGCUGACGAGGGCAGCAGAAAUCAAACAAGGGAUGACUGAACUUGACAGGAUCAAAAGGAAACACAUUGAUGAGUUGGAAGGAAGAGUGCGUGACUUGAUAGAUCAAUGUCGAAAGACAAAGACCAAGAUGAGUGAUGCACAGCUCAUGAAGGAGUUUGAUCGAAUGUGGAGUGAAACUGUGAACAAACUGUCCUUUUCUAAGCAAAAGACGUCCAAUGUCUACGCAAGUGUUUACAAGCACCUGUGGGACAAUCUCUGUCACAAGGGAGCUUUUGCAUCUGAAUUAUUGAGUGAGAAGAAUCUUCAAGAGUGUGGUUUGAAACCUUUUAAAUUCAACCCCAGCUCAUUUACUCGUGUGACAGACUGGUUAAAGAAGAAAUUCAAGAAAGAGUCUCACAUCAAAGCAGUGCAAAACAUGGCUGAUAACAUUAUCACCACCUGCACGCAGUUUGCCCAGGACAAAGUGGACAGGAAGAGUAAUUAUCAUGACACAUACAUCCAAGAAAUAUUGCACAAAAUUGAUGAUCAGCUCAGAGCCAAUCAAAAGUUGGAGACUGGCAUUGAGUUUGAAGUUUCGCUGAAACAACACAUCUGUGGAGUUGUGGCCAGGAAAUUCCAAAAAAUGCAUGAAGAUUUCAUUCAGCUAAAUGACCCCUACAGAUGCCUGGCUAAAAACAAGGAGAAGUUCUUUACAGACUUUAAAGAUGUAUUUCAUGAGCAAGACCAGUGCCAGAGUAAGGCAGACGAAUUUGCCCACAAGUGUCUGAAGCCAGCAAUCGAAGACUUUGUCAACCGCUUUCUGGGUGUCCACAUCGUUGAUGAAAUGCUGACUCAGGAGCAGUUCAAAACAGAGAUGUCCUUUCAGUACACUAUCUUGUUGGAACUUCUGUCUCGGAUGGACUUCCCAGAGUAUCAGGUGUAUAUUGGCUCCUAUGAUAGAUAUUCAAAGUAUUGCAUUCAUGAACAAAUAAUCUCUCACUUCUCAGCCUCCACUGCAAUGGAGAAGUUUGAGGAUAGCCUCAUCUGUUCCAGCAUCAAAAGCAUCAAGGAAGCCAUAGAGCAAGCCAAAGAAAGGAAGAGGGGGAGUUUGAAGGAAUUCAUUCAAGAUAUUUACGCUCAGCUCAAUGACAAACUGGUCAUGGCCCAGACUGCUCUUGGAGAGUUCAUGAUUUUUAACAAUGCUGAUGAGGAACAGUUUGCUCAUUGGCUCACAAAGAGCCUUGAGGAUGUCAGCAAAGCGGUCAGGGAGGAAUUUAAGAAACUGGGAAUAGAAACAAGACUGAAAAGACUCACUGUCAAUCCUCAGGACGAGCUCUUCACCAAAGUGAUUGGAUGUGGUGAACAAUGUCCAUUUUGCACUGCACCAUGCGAGGCAGGAGGCCACGCCCACACCAUGCAUAAGGCAUCCCUGCAUCGCCCCAUAGGUCUGGGUGAACACACCUUUCAUGACAGUAAACGAUUGGUAACGGACAUUUGUUCAUCUCAAGUCAUCAGUAAGGCCAGAUUUCGCUCACGGGCAACAAAAGGUCAGUGGCAUCCGUACAAAACGUACAGCGAGAUCUAUCCGAACUGGGAAAUUGUGCCAGACGUAAGUCUUCAAGCCUCAGACUACUGGAAAUAUGUGAUGGUGAAGUUCAAUGAGAACUUUGCUCGAGUAUAUGAGAGCAAGCCUGCUGUUAUACCUGAAAGUUGGAAGCGUAUCACACAGAAACAGGCAGAAGAUAGUCUCAAGAAGUCAUUCAAUGUCAUUGAGGACAAAACCCACAAUGACCUGACAAAGCAUAAAAUGAAAUGAAUAUGUGUGAUGAUUUUCAGUGUGGUUUUAGAUUUCCAGUGAUCAUUCCAGUGACUUUUUUGAACAGUAAAAGUAUCCAUAUUACAUUAUAAUGGUGUACUAGAUAGUGCCAGUCAUUACAUGGAAUGUAGUUCAACACAUAGCAGAAUAAUAAUCGAAAUGUUGAAAUAGUAUCUCAAACAAAACAUAUGAAGAAUAGAAAUGACUAUAAAAUGUGCUCAAUAGAUUGUGUAGAAAAUCAUUGAUGGUUAAAAUAUCAGUGUAACUUUCCUUUCCUAAAGAGAAUAAAGUCGUGAACUUCUUAUGUUAUGUGGCUAGAUACUUUGUUGUUAUGUUUUUUUGUUUUUUUUUCCAUUGUAAUCCAUUGUAAAUGUAGUAUUUCUACCUUUAUCAGAUUAUAAUCCAAGCCUGUACUUGAUUCGUGGCUAUUUCUUUUACAAUAAAUCGUGAACUAAUGAAAACUU